AUGAAUUUAGUAGCACUUGCCUCAACAUAUUAUUGCACCUUAUUACUAUUUACCCAUUUUUUCUGUAUUGUCUCAGCACUUACUGAUCUCUCAUCAACCAUGUCGCACUUAUUGCCUACUAGAAUAAUUGGAAUUCCUUGGUCCCCUGUUGUUUCGUGGAAUACUUCUACCCACUUAUUUACGUUAUUGAAUGACUCUUAAUUUGUAACAUCGAAUACUAUAAUACAACAGUCACUGCCUCUGUAAAAUGAAGUGCAUAGACUUUAAAAUCUCUCCUAUCCAGCUGUAUCCCAAAGCUAGAGGUUCAACUCAAUUCCUUUAUAGAGAGGAGUGGGAAAGUCACCCAAGGUUAUGACUUUCUUUUAGAACUCAGCACCUAUUGUUGGCUUUGAUUAUUGA